UUUGGUUCAGAUUGCCGUUUGGCGCGUUGUUCCUUAUUGUAGCCCGGGCUGCAAUGACUUUGGUCACAAUCACGAUGUGGCCUCGACUUGUCAGCCUUGCGUUGUCUGUUGUUUUUGUUCUCGCCUCGCAGACAGAGACCAAUCCAGCGCUGCCUAGUGCCAACCUUCUUGGUGCUGGCUUUGACUCCACCACUGGCUCUUCCCCGGCGGAGAAUCGCCCCGUGCUCACACUGAAUUGGAGCCAGGGGAAGACCUUCGCCAACCCAAAGGACCCCUCCAUCACCUACAAUAUCCCAGACGAACUCUUCGUGACCGUGCAGACGCACCUGGAUUCUGACGUGACCACAGCAGUCUCUUACACCGUGAGCUCAUACGCUCAUUCCCAGGCGGCCGGCAUCUCCCUCUCAGGCGGUGGCAAACUGGCCGGUUCACCCUUCUCAGCCAACGCAGCUGUCGAGGAGUCAACAGGCUACCUCUCUCAGCGGAGCAAAUACUCAGCCGUCAUCAUGUCAGAAAUGUAUGCGACGGUGUACCAGGCCACCCUCCCCAACCCAGCUUCCAUGACCCUUGCAGAGGGCUUUCUGAGUGACGUGCAGGAAUUGCCUGCAUACACCCCAGGCUCUCGCGAGUACGCCAGCUUCUUGCAGCGUUACGGUACGCAUGUGAUCCUGGGUGCUUACUUUGGCGGCACAGGUGUCUCCAAAGUUUUCCUCAAUGCAGAGCUGGCGCAAGGCUUUGCAACGAGUGACAUUGCCGCGCAGGCCGGCAUCAAGUUUCGCUUCGCCGCUCAGCUUUCCAGUGAAGAUGCCCAGAGCUGGUUCAACGGCAAUGAGCAGGCGCACAGCGAGAUCCAUACAUACAUGAGUGGCGGUGAUCCAGGCCUGGCCUCUGACCUCAGCCACUGGAGUGCUUGGGUCUCCUCCUUCUUCAAGUUCCCAGCCCUCGUCCACUCGGAGAAGUUCCAAAUGAGCCUCGUGGACAUUGCAGACCUUGUGCCCGCAGAGAAGCGCGGGAAUGUGUCGCUUGCUGUCCACGACUACGUGCGGGCCAAACCCUACCCGACAGACCCAGACUGCGCUGGUAGCGUGUUCUGCAACGAUGGCUGCUGCAAGAAGGGCAGCUCUUGCUGCUAUGACAGCAGUGGGAAAAGCUCCUGCUGCGACGGACUGCUGGACACGUGCUGUAAGCGGGAUGACGGCAGCGCAUACGCCUGCAACGCUGAUUCAACAUGCUGUUUCGGUGGUUGCUGCGGGGGAGACUACCCCGGCUGCUGCAGUGAUGGUUGUUGCCCAGACGGCUAUGGGGUCUGCUGCAGUGAUGGCUGUUGCCCAGACGGCUAUGGGGUCUGCUGCGAAGCCGACGGCGACAGCUGGUGCUGCGCAGAUGGACAUGAUUGCUGGGCGUGGGCGCACGGGUGCAACCCCUUCGCGGGGAGCAGUGAGAGCAAGGCCCCACGGCGAGAGCGAAGGUCGACCAGACCAACCAAUCCAACGAGCCUCUUCCAAUUCUUCUCUUGAGCAGCUGGAGCCAAGAGUCGGGAGCGCCCGGCAAGUCUUUCGUUGUUUGCUAUGGACUCUGCUGGCGUUUCUGAGCUCUUUUACCAAACCAGUCUGCGAUGCUCCGGAAAAGCCACA